CCCAUCAAAUAUGGCGAACUCAUCGUUCUGGGAUGCUGUGAGGAAGGAGGUUCUAGUGCAUUUGCACUGAGCCACAGCUGACCCUCACGCUACAGAUGAGGAAACUGAGGCCAGGGGAGAGGAAGCGACGUGAGUUGAUGGCUGAGUAGACUUCAUCUCUUCCUGGUCUUCUCCUGACCAGCAUCCCUGCACCAUCCACCUUGCUCUCGCCCCAGGCACAGGCUCCUCUCCUUCCUCCCCCCUCUAUACCUCCUUUUGGACUCUCUCUUUGCCCUGAAGAAAGUACCCGAGAGGCUAUGUUACCACUGUGAUGAUUAUUUAGAAAUAAUAAUGAUUACUGUUUGUUGACAUGUACAUGCCACGUGCUUUUAUUUUUUUCAGUGGUAACAACAAUAGCUAACAUCUAUCAAGAACUUGCUAGAUGUAUGCCUCUGUGCCAAGCAUUUUUAAGUGCUUUAUCUUGUUUAGUUCUCACAAUGAAUCUGAUAAAUGAGCCCCAUCUUAAAAAGGGUGUGUGAUGUGUGAAAGAGCCAGGUUCAUCUGUCCAAGCCCAGAGCCUGUGUCCUGAAGGGAACUGCCCCACCCACCCUAUGUGGGAAGAGCUUACAAAGGCAAAAGUGAUGCCCCUCUUGGGGGUACCUGCAUUAGAAACAUAGCUGCGUGCUGUCCCAAAGGAAGAGCAGGCAUUGCAGCUGAGGGUGAGGCCACUGAUGGGGGAGGGCUCAGCCCUGGGGGGGGAGGGUAGGCCCUCUUAACUGUCAUUUGUUCUCUGCGGAGCAGCGAAAGCCCACCGUGGCUGGACAUCAGAGCCACCGGCAGAGCACACUGAAAAAUACCCAUUAACAGGCCCAUUCCAAAUGUAUAGAACCAGAACCUCCCUGUGUGGGGCAGGGAAGAUUCUGAUUCAAGUGGUCCUUGCCCGUAUUUGGCAGCCGUUCAUCCAAUUCACUCCCUGCUGCCAAACCUUCCGUGGCUCCCCACUGCUUAUGGAACAGAGUCCAGAAUCCCCAGCCUGGUGCUCGGGGCCCUCCUACCGACUUCAUCUUCCCAAGAAGAUGCACUUCACCACCCACAUCAUCCCUCUGAUCUCACCCAACCCUACCAGCCUCAGGGCCUUCGCUCAGGGUGAACCCUCCAUCCAGCAAGUCUUCUGCAAAAGAGGCUGGAGUCAGACAGACCCGAGUUCAAGUCUAGACUUUUUCCACUGAAGAGCCUGGGACCUCAGCUACAAUGGGUGUCUGGCAAGUGGGGACAAGGGCCGCCGUCGAAGCCGCCUGGCACUGAACCGCCGGCCACAUGCCAACGGAGUGAAGCCAGAUGUCAUGCACCACAUCUCCACACCGCUCGUCUCCAAGGCACUGAGCAACCGUGGCCAGCACAGCAUCUCGUACACACUGUCCCGGAGCCACUCGGUCAUAGUUGAGUACACACACGACAGUGACACAGACAUGUUCCAGAUUGGUCGCUCCACCGAGAACAUGAUUGACUUCGUGGUAACAGACACGUCGCCUGGAGGGGGCGCUGCUGAGGGCCCCUCUGCCCAGAGCACGAUCUCCCGCUACGCCUGCCGCAUCCUCUGUGACCGCAGGCCGCCCUAUACUGCCCGCAUCUAUGCCGCUGGCUUCGACGCCUCCAGCAACAUCUUCCUUGGAGAGCGGGCAGCCAAAUGGCGGACCCCCGACGGCCUGAUGGACGGCUUAACCACCAACGGGGUGCUGGUGAUGCACCCGGCCGGCGGCUUCUCUGAGGACUCAGCCCCAGGUGUCUGGCGGGAGAUCUCGGUCUGUGGGAAUGUGUACACUCUGAGGGACAGCCGCUCGGCACAGCAGCGGGGGAAACUGGUGGAAAAUGAGUCCAACGUGCUGCAGGACGGCUCCCUCAUCGACCUGUGUGGGGCCACGCUGCUGUGGCGCACGCCGGCGGGGCUGCUGCGGGCACCCACGCUGAAGCAGCUGGAGGCCCAGCGGCAGGAAGCAAACGCGGCUCGGCCCCAGUGUCCCGUGGGCCUCAGCACCCUGGCUUUCCCCAGCCCGGCCCGUGGCCGCACUGCACCCGACAAGCAGCAGCCCUGGGUCUACGUCCGCUGCGGCCACGUCCACGGCUACCAUGGCUGGGGCUGCCGGCGAGAACGGGGUCCCCAGGAGCGCGAGUGUCCUCUCUGCCGCCUCGUGGGGCCCUAUGUGCCCCUAUGGCUCGGCCAGGAGGCUGGCCUCUGCCUGGAUCCUGGGCCGCCCAGCCACGCCUUUGCGCCCUGCGGCCACGUCUGCUCCGAGAAGACUGCCCGCUACUGGGCUCAGACGCCGCUGCCCCAUGGCACCCACGCCUUCCAUGCCGCCUGCCCCUUUUGUGGGGCCUGGCUCACUGGCGAGCAUGGCUGUGUCCGCCUCAUUUUCCAGGGGCCGCUGGACUAGGCUCCCUGGGGCCUCCUGCUGCUGCGCCCGCCUGCCCACCCAGGUCCCCCACCUCCUGCAGCCCAGAGGGAGCUCUGCAUGUGGGACUCUACCUGCUGGCACAUAGCCAGCCGGAUGGACGCGUUGGAUGGGCUGUGCCCUUCCUCUCUUAACUCUGACUCCGAAGGGGGUCCCCGCGACUCCUAUCCCCAGUCAGAAUAAUGGGGCCAUCGGCACCAGCUCUCACUCGGGCCGAUGGAUGGGAGCCCACCCCUGUGCCCCAGCCCGUCCUGGGGCAUCCCACAUCAUGCCGCCUACACUGUGCCCCUGGGGGAGUGAAGGGGCCGGGAGCCCCUGACCCCCAGCUUAGGCUGGCUGUGCCCUGAGCCUGCCAACCCAGCUCCAGAUCAUCGCCCUGCUGCUGCUCUGGGUUCCUCUAUAAACCUUGCCGCUCAGCUGCCCUCCCAAA